AUGGACGACGUCGGGAGGUUCUCUUCCAGUAUCACAGACUAUCUCAUAUGUGGCCCGAUUCGAUCUAAACUUGCACGAGCAUUAAAACUUGCCCUCAAUGAUAAGGAUCUUGAUGCUAAUGUAUAUGUUGGAAUGCGAUACUGGCAUCCUUUCACAGAGGAGGCUCUUAAUCAGAUAAAAAAGGAUAAAAUAACAAAACUUGUUGUGCUUCCACUUUAUCCUCAAUUCUCUAUAUCUACUAGUGGUUCAAGCAUCCAUGUCAUUCAUAACAUCAUCAGGGAAGAUGCUUAUUUUGCAAGGUUGCCCAUUUCUAUCAUUGAGUCAUGGUAUCAUCGGGAAGGCUAUAUCAAGUCAAUGGCAGACUCAAUAGAAAAAAAGCUGCAAAGAUUCUCCAAGCCUGAGGAGGUUAUGAUAUUCUUUAGCGCGCACGGUGUCCCGCUGAGUUUUGUUGAAGACGCAGGAGACCCAUACCGAGAUCAGAUGGAGGACUGCAUCUCUUUGAUCACUGCUGAGUUAAAAUCUAGGGGAAUUAACAACGAGCACACUCUUGCUUAUCAGAGGCGAGUUGGUCCUGUUCAGUGGUUGAAGCCUUACACUGAUGAAGUGAUCGCCGAGCUUGGUAAGCAAGCAGUGAAAAGCCUCCUCGUGGUCCCUGUAAGUUUUGUAAGCGAACACAUUGAAACACUAGAAGAGAUUGAUAUGGAGUACAAGAAUUUGGCCCUGGAGUCAGGCAUUGAGCACUGGGACAGGGUGCCUGCUCUGUGCUGCAACCCUAAGUUCAUCUCUGAUUUAGCUGAUGCUGUCAUUGAAGCCCUACCCUCUGCUUUGAUAUCGAACAGGAACUCGUCCAUGGAAGCGGAAGGCGAUCCGGAUCCUGUGCCUUAUGCAAUUAUCUCGCAAUUCAGCUUAAUCUUUGCAUUUUUGCUGUUUUUGUCGCUCAGAGUCUCUCUGCAUUCUAGAAACUUUCUGAAACCUUGGUUUUUGGUUUAACAUUCUACGUUUCUUUAGCUUUUGAGGUGAACCCCGUCUUCUUUCAAUAUGUGAAGUUGAUGAUAAACCUUGUUAAACUUCUGCAGCGUUAAUAUGCUGGA